CAAGGUUGAGAAAUCCUGUGGCGUCUCGGAGCUUGCUUUGCUUUCGCGGUCUUUGGAGACGGUGCCUUGCAAGUGCAAGUGAUUCUUUCGAAUCCGAUCUCCUUUACGAGGACAGUAAGGAAGCCGGCCCCUGCUGCCAAUGAAAGCCUUGCGGAAGCUGCUGGGUGCGAAUAUUGCGCGGGUGAACAUGAGCAGCGUGGAGAGAGCAAAAGUGAUUUCCUAUGAGGAUGUAAAGAAGCUGGUGGCCAAAGGGGAGGCCCAGAUUUUUGACGUCCGGUCACCAGAAGAAGUAGCCAAUGGAAAAAUUGUAAAUGCUGUUAAUAUUCCAGUGGCAGAGGUUGAAGAAGCUUUGAAAAUGGACCCGGAAACAUUUAAAAUGAAGUAUGGGGUGAACAAGCCACGGCUGGAUGAUGAAAACUUGGUUUUCCACUGCCAGAUAGGCAAAAGAGGGGCCCGAGCUGCAGAAAUAGCCUUGGCACUUGGCUAUACCAAGGCUCGCAACUAUGCUGGAGGCUACAAGGAGUGGUCAGAGAAAGAAGGAAAGUGAGGUGUGAAGGAAUCCAGGCUUCUUUGCAGCAGACUUCAGUCUCCAGGAAAGCUGGUGGCGUGCCGUGUCCUGAAGAUUCAUCUGCUGCUCUUUCAAUUUUCUCAUGCCAAAACAAUGUCAAAGAUUUUGCUGGGGCCCUUGACGGAACUGCAAAGCCUCAUUGGAGUUAGAGCCCCCCACCCCGCCCAAAGAAAUUAUGCUUGGGAUUACAUAGGCCAAGACUUGAGCAUUUUCAGUUGUAGCUCCAUGGCUAGGAACACUCCCCGGGAGGGUGGGCCACCACAGAAAGAUAUUAUGGAGUGUGAAAUUCUUCCAGUAGAUUAUUUAAUGACAGAAGAUGAAAUUCA